GGGCUUAUUUUUGCUAAAAAGCUGAAGUGACAUAAGCUGAAUGAAAACAAACAUGGCGGCUCCACGUGCACCUGCUGACUAAAACUUUUACUGGUUCGAUAUUUCAGGUAUUAAAGACUAAACUAGCAAGAAAAAGGUAGCAGAUCUUUUAACAUCAUCUUCUUUUGAGAUAUGGCUCCGUUUCGYUGGCCAUUACAGAUGCACGACUUGAUGCUCGCCCAAGAGGUAGCUGCACACAAACCUUCAGGAAAGGCUGAAUGGGAAGAAAUUGCUCAAACGUUGAGUAAAGUGUUUUCUAAAGAAGACAAAAAUGUCAUUCUAAAAGGGAGAGGCUGCAGAGAACACAUGGAAAGACUGUUAGAAAAGUAUAGAGACGAGGACAAGAAGGCUUUGAAAAGAUCUGGAACUGAGGAAGAUUACAAUGAACUAUGCCAACUUCUUGAAGACAUAUCAACCUUCAGARGMGAUCUGGAAGAGCAGAAAAUCAAAGAAAAAGAAAAUAAAAAGAUCAAGGAGAAAUCAGAUAAGCAAAAGGGAUUAGAAAUGAGAGCUGCAGCCUUGUCUACAAUGAAAAAAAGGAAACUUGAUGACCAAGAAAGCAGCGGUAGUGAUAUUGAUGAAAGUGACGAGGAUGACAUUAAUGAUGGUGAUGAUGAUGAUGAUAGCUCAAGUAGCGCAAAAAAAGMUUCCAAAGUCAAGACUGGGCCAAGGAAAAGGGCUUCAAGGCUAUCUGCAAUAGAAAUGUUGGGGAACAAAUAUAGCAAAAAAGCAGAUUACAGAGAAAAAGAGUUAGAUUUGAGGAGACAAGAAUUUGAUCUACAAAAGAAGAAGUAUGAAGAUGAAAGGGCAGAAAGGGAAGAAAAAUUUAAACUAGAACUGGAGGAAAGAAGGGUGUUUCUUUCUUUUUUAAAAGAUAAACUCUAAAGCACUUUUCAUUGAUAUAGAGUUGUGUUCAUUCAUUGACAUGCAUCUAGCAAAACCAGUUUGAUGCAUUUUCAAGAUUGUUAGAAUUUUUCUAAAUUGAACCAGCAUUUCUUGGCUAAAAUCUUUACUGAUAUGAUUUCAUGGGC